UUUUUCUAGGACAGCAGUGUGAAAUUCUCUUUCUAAUUUCAUCCGUUAUUUUAGAUUUAAAACAAACUGCACACAUUUAAACAAGGUGCUGGACUUUUGGGGACAGUCUAAAUGGCUUGUGCAUCGAGACCAUGCAAUAAUAAUGCAUUUGUAAUUUGGAAUUAAUUUAAAAUCUGCACAGGAGUUUUCCAUCUGCACUUUCCACUGAGGUUAUAAUGGCAUUGUGAAAUGACCUGCUGACACAAAUAGAGAAGAAUUUGUGCAUCCUGGAUCCUACAGUACUUCUGAUGUUGUCCAUAACAGAGAGGAUGCCGUUAAAAGGUUGGAGGGUUCCAGUUUUUCUAACUAUUCUACAGCAGACAUGGAUUUUAGCUAUGGAAAUACCACCUGACGUCAGACAGCCUCCAAUGAUCUUUAAACAAAGUGUUCAAGACUAUAUUGUAGAUCCAGUUGACCCUAUAAUAGUGGAGUGUGAGGCAACAGGCAACCCUCCUCCGGUUUUCACAUGGACACGUGAUGGGGUCUACCUGAACGUAGCGCGGGAUCCCCAGGUCAGCAUGAGAAGACGUUCUGGCACGUUGGAGAUUUUCUUCUGGGGUCGUCCAGCAGACUAUGAGGGCAUGUAUCAGUGCAGUGCAACGAAUGAGUUUGGCUCUGCGUUGUCCAGUCACAUCCAUCUGCGUGUCUCCAAGGCCCGCACGUGGCUAAAGGAAUAUCUGGAGCCAGUCUCGGUGGUGGUUGGACUUCCUCUUAUCCUACCGUGCAAUCCACCUGAAGGUCCUCCUAAACCAGACACCUUCUGGCUGAACAGUACUAUGACACCAAUCCGACAGGAUCGCAGAGUGUCCAAGGCACAGAAUGGAGAUUUGUACUUCUCAAGUAUAGUAGCAGAAGAUGCUGAUACGAACUACGUCUGUGUUGCACGUUUCCCCUUCACGAACACCAUCCAGCAGAAACCACCACUCAUCCUACAGGUGCUCACAGUUCGCAUGGCGGCCCACACAGCACCCAAGUUUUUGAAACCCAAAGACACUGCGAGCACAACAAUUGCAAUGCUGGGCGAAGAACUCAUUUUGGAGUGUUUCGCUGCUGGAGUUCCGACUCCCACCAUCAAAUGGACUAAGAAUUGGGAGGAGCUGUCCAUGGCAGGGAAGAAGUUGGAGAACUUUAACAAAACGCUCAGAAUAAAGAAGAUCGACAUGGAUGAUAAAGGAGAAUACAUCUGCACCGCUUCCAACAGAAUGGGCAGUCUGUACCACGUCAUCACUGUCUUGGUCAAAUCGGUUCCAUUUUGGUUGGAGAAACCCGAGAGUCUCGUGUUGUCUCGUGAUGACGGUGGCAGUAUAAUUUGUAGAGCCGAUGGUAUCCCUCGACCUCAGAUACAGUGGAUGGUUAAUGGAGAGCCUAUCAAUGAGGCCCCCAGGAGUCCCGGCAGACAGGUUUCAGGAGAUACUUUGACGUUCCUCUCAGUGGUUCCUGAUAGCGCUGCAGUCUUCCAGUGCAAUGCUUCUAACCCAUAUGGUUACAUCAUGGCAAAUGCUUUUCUGGCUGUGAUGGAUAUGAAACCACGUCUGUUGGGACACAGCGAUGAACUUGUUAAAUCAACAGAAGGCAAUCAUACUCAUUUAGACUGCCCGUAUUUUGGGUCUCCUAAGCCUGAGCUACGAUGGUCAAAAGGUGGAAUAGGUGCGUUGGGAGGAGGUGACUAUAGAGUUCUCCCAAACGGUACACUGGAGAUCAGAAAUACAAAGAUACAAGACCAGGGAACCUAUGCGUGCGUUGCAAGCAACGUCAUUGGACGAGAUGAGAAAGAGGUUCAACUAGAGGUCAAAGAGUCCAUCAAAGUCAUUCGUGCCCCACGCAAUACUAAAGUCAUAAGAGGAAGUCUCGCUCGCUUCGAAUGCAAAAUAAAUUUUGACCAGACACUGGAGAUAACCGUUACUUGGCUCAAGGACAAAAAGUUCUUGAUCUUAGGAAGGAGGAUGACAAAGGAUGAAGAUUCUCUGAGUAUUGCUGAUGUGAACAGAAGGGAUGAAGGGGUGUACACCUGCCGAGUUAAAAGUGAACUGGAGGAAGUCACUCGCUCUGCCAAACUUAUCGUGAUGGACCGUCCAGACCCCCCCACUGAUUUAGAGAUCUCUGACCAAACAGAGAGGAGCGUUAGACUUACCUGGAUACCAGGGCUGAGCAACCACAGUCCUAUAAAAGAAUACUUGGUUCAGUAUACGGAAGAUCUCCUUGCUGACUAUUGGCUGAUCCCCAGUGGCUGGCAGAACCUGACCAGUUACCCUGGCAACCUGAUCUCUGUUGUUUUACAACUAACACCGUUUGUGGAAUACCGCUUCAGGGUCAUCGCUAUUAAUGGCAUCGGCCCCAGUAAACCCAGCUGGGCGUCUGAGUACUACCAGACCGGUGGAGCAGUGCCUGAUGCCAUCCCACAAAACAUUAAAGGACUGGGCAGUGGUGUGUUCAGAAAUAACAUGGAAAUAAGUUGGGAGCCACUGGAGUACAGAGAAUGGAAUGGUCCGAAACUGGGCUACAUGGUUUGGUGGAGACGGCGGGAUUCCAGGGAGGAGUGGAAGAACUACACAACCUAUUGGUGGUGUAGCUACAUCGUCUAUGACACGGACACCUUCACGCCCUAUGAGGUUAAAGUUCAGGCCAUCAACUUCUUUGGCUAUGGCCCGGAAUCCCCUAUCGUCAUUGGCUACUCCGGGGAGGACCGCCCUGUUGCAUCUCCAUCUGAUCUACGGGUAGAAGACAUUGAGAGCACAAAGUUGACAGUCCAUUGGGAACCAGUGGCACGAGCCGACGUCAUGGGUGAUAUAAAAGAGUACAAGGUGUACUAUUGGAGAGAAAGCAGCCGUCUGCCUUGGCACACUCUGAGCAGAAGAAUUAAAACCAAGAGUUUUAAAGCAAAUGGACCUCGCCUUUCCGGAACAUUGACUGGUUUGGUUCCUUAUAGUAACUACAAGAUGUAUAUGGUAGUGGCUAAUAACCGCUUCGAGGGUCCACCAAGCAACACUAUUGAAUUUCAGACGCCUGAAGGAGUGCCAUCGAUUCCCAGAUCUUUUAGAAUCAUGCACAGGCACUAUGACACUAUUUAUCUAGACUGGGAAGAACCUGCAGAUCCCAACGGGAUCCUGACCGGAUAUAUUCUCAAAUACCAGACCCUGAACGUCACCCUUGGAGACAGAAUCCAUGUGGAAGACAUUCCUCCAAACAUCACCUACUUCUCUCUCCGUCGACUCGAUCGUUACACGCGAUACAAGUUUUCACUGGCAGCACAAACGGAGGUUGGAGUCGGCGAGGCGUUCACGGAAGAAUCGCCACAUUUUACGACUGAGGAAUAUAGUCGGGAUCAAGUGGACAUUGUAACACAGGGCUGGUUCAUUGGCUUGAUGUGUGCGGUUGCUCUGCUGGUUCUCAUCAUGCUUAUAGUGUUUUUCAUCAAGAGAAGCCGUGGAGGAAAGUACCCAGUGCGGGACAAAAAAGAUUUUGCAUUGGAGCCAAUGGAUGAGAAUGGAACAUUUGACUACAGGUCUCUUGAGAGGAUAACGCGAGUGUCCACCCUGCCCUACACCAGACGAGAGGAGGAACUCCGUCAGGGGCGCGGUGCAGUAGAGCACAUUGACAGAAGGACAAACAGUGAUGAUAGUCUGAUGGAGUACGGAGAGGGUGAUGAGAUCGAGUUCAAUGAGGACGGCUCAUUUAUUGGAGAGUACACAGGCAUCAGCAAGAGGAACAUUGACAGGAGCCCGUACCAUGACAGCUCUGAGCCCACUUCUCCUGUGGCCAUCUACUCUUUUGCUUAAGAGCUAAUGUUUAAAAUACAUCCCGUUAUACAAACUAAGUUGAGCUCAAAAUACUGAACUGAGAAUAACUAUGCUUCAUGUUCCCUGUCGGACAGGCUAGAAAUGAUGUAUAGAUGCAUUCUAAAGGUAUUGGGCAUUAAGUUGAGUUUUUUUUUCUGAGGGUUCACAACCACCAAUCAGAUUUGUUUUUCAAAUCCACAAAUCAUGUUGAGAGGAAGCCAGAGACAAUGUUGUCCUGAUGAGUUUAUCAUGUUGAUAAGAAAACAGAAGAGGUGUGGCUGAUGAGUUGCUGAACAUCUCAAAAUAACAUUCAGGGUCGAUUCAUACAGGUUUGCUCAACACAGUUAUCUGAAGACAAAAGUAACUUCCACAAUUCUUCGUUACAUAAGCAGUGUUUAAUAUCACAUAGAGUUGUUACUAAUGCUUGUUUAUUUUUAUUAUUACAAAAUGUCAUGUGUUAAUUAUGUGUGAAAAUGUUGGAAUACAGACUGAAUAUUCUCAAACAAAAUACAGUAUAAGCUGAAGCUGCUGUGUACAACAUUCAUUGUAUGUUUAUCUAUUAUACUGUGUACGUGUUUUAGUGCUUCAGUCAUUAAAAUGCAUAA